GUAACAGUGGUUUCGCGCCAAAGUUGCUCAGACCAUGCUUCGCCGGUCGUCGACCGUUCAGAACUAACCAUCAUGCAAGUUUCGUGGUAGUUUGCCUGGACGCUCGCAUUUACUAGCAGCUUUACUACUGCGUCCAACAGCAGAGUGGCCAUGCUGUCGGCAGAGCUGGCACAGCAGCUGAAGCUGUCCACUGCACACCAGCAGAAGAAGCUGUUUGGGGCCCUCCUCGAGGCUGAAGCCGUCACCAACGUUGAGGAGUUCAGGAAUGUUCCAGUGGCCAGCAGUGAGGUGCUUCUCUCUGGCCUUGUGGAAUUGCUGCGUUCUUCAAAGGAUGCCACUGUGCUGACCAGAGGAGCUGAUGUCCUGGCAACUGUUGCCCAGAACAAGAACUUCAGCUCAAAUGUCAAGUGUUUCCAGCUGUGGCUGCGUGCAGCCAAAAGCCUGGUCGCCACAGAGGAAGCCAGUGUGGAUGCACUUCGUGCCAUUAUCCAGUGCCUCAAUGUACUGACGCCCAGCAGUGCUACCAUAUCGGACUGGUGCCAAGUGGGGCUGCAAUGCCUGCUGCACCCUGAGGUGCGCGCCGAGGCAUACGCUGCCCUCUGUGGUCAGCGCAAGGCCGCCCUGACCCCACCCCGCCGGGGCGUGGAUGCUCCUGCUCACGUGGCCAUUAAAGAUUGCAUUGGACCUCAGCUGAGCCAAUGGAUGGAAGGCUCCCAGGGCUGUGCUGCACUUCAGGUGUGGACUCUCAUCAUCCAAUGGAUGGGCGAGUAUCUGCCUCGGAAUGCUGCCUCCGUGAAUGUGCUGCUACGGGUGGCCAGCAAAGCCUUUGCCGCCUCUUCACGGCCAGAACUACAGCACCAAGCCCUGGAGUCGUGGAAAGUUCUCAUCUCCACCUUCAAGCCUGAGACACUGCGGAUGAGCAAGAUGCUGAACUUGGUGAUGACCCCGUUGCGUCAGCGUCCUUCUGCCGACCCUCUUGCCAGGCUGGCCCUGGUGCGCACCCUGUGGCACCUGGCCAUCACGCUGGGGCCUCAGCACCUGGCCGCCUGCUUUCAGCAGGUGGGUGUACCACUGCUCAAGACCCUGGUUGGUUUCCUGACUGAGGCCAACACUGUCCCUGAGACCAAGCAUGACUACGACAACCUUCGGCGGGAAUGCCUGUACGUGCUGCUAAGGCUGCUCCAGCUUCCUGUAGAGGCUGACUGGGCAACCACCAUGGACACCAUACCUCUGCCCUCCCUGGAAAGCCCCCUAGACACUGGCUUCCUGGGACGCCACCUGGAAAAUUGUGAACCAACUUGUCGGGCAGCCAUAGGCUUCAUCCAACAGUGCCCGGACUACGCGCCUGAUCUCGGCUGCCUGCUGAUUCAUUUGUUGCUGAAACGUGCAACAGAGGCCCACAUAGCCGAGAAUGUGCCCAUCGCUGCAGCCCUGCUGAAGCUCGUUCUGGACGGCCUCUCCGACUGGCUCCUGGUGGCACCACUUGCCUGCAAGACUAUACUGCUGGAGGCCAGCCAGCUGCCAGAGAAGAUGCUCACCUCACACUGCUACUACUCGGGAAAACUUGGCCUGCUGCAUGGCACACCAGUCCUUUCCUUGCUGAGACUUCUGGUGCAGCCCUCACUCCUUGCUGUUUAUGGAAGCACUGAUGAGGUGACGCAGCUGUUUCAGCAUCUGCUGACCCUGGGUCUGCAGAACCCAUCGCGGCUUCACCUGGCACAGUCGGUGCUGGGCUGUCUGGAACGCUGUCCACCAGCUGCACCUCUUGCCUGUGCCUUCUGGAUGGCACUGGCCUCGUCUCUGCUCCACUUCUUGCAGUCGGGCCAGGAGGUGAACCAGGGCAGCGACCUGGAGCCCGACUUCUCAGCUCUGGUGGCUGCCCUCACUUUUCCCGUCCAUCAUGCACUGCCCGAUGUGGGGGCCAAGGUGCGCAAGGCAGUGACCCGCAAAUGGCUACAAUUGUACCAAGCGUUUUCGUGCUCAGCGGUGCUGGUGCCCAACGUGUCUCCACAGGGUGUCUGCCACGAGGUCUGGCGCCGCCUGUUCCCUGGCUUUAAUGAUCAGCUCAAGCAGGAUCUUGGUUACGUGGAUGCAGUUUCUGAACUGCUGGCGUCUGCGGGUAGCUGCCUGCCUUCGUCCCAGUCUGCUACAAAUGGUUCAUCGCCAAGUGCCUCCGUGCUGUCUGGCAGCAGCUCACCUCGUCGGUGGGGGCUGCGUCCACAGCGAGGCAGUGCCCUGGGUGACCUGCAGCCCUAUUUCCAGGCCCUGGCAUGGGCACUGGAUGCGGUUGCCAGCCACCAGUUGCUCCCAAAUGAGUCUCGUCAGUCAGUGGCCAGCAUUGUGGGGAAGCUGGUGCGGCCAGUGCAGGACCUGCUGUCUUCACUCCGUGGCAUGCCAGCCCUCGUAGAAGCAAUGACACUGCUAGGGCCAGCACUGUCGACACUACUAGCCCGAGGCAGUGGCCACACCUCGAAGGUGGAGCCUGUUUGGUUGGCCCUGUGUGGGGCUCUGUCCUCCCAGUGCACGGCGGGUCCGAGGGAUGACUACCUGCUGUGUGCGCUGACUCCUCUGCUCGAGGCGGCCCUGGGGCAUUCUCGUGGUCAGGUCCACGACCGUGCCGUACAUCUGUGGCAGUCGUUGUUUGCUCGCUGCCCUGGCCUCCACGUGCCGCCCAGGCUCAGGGAAUUGCUGCGCAAGGUGAAACCCUCCCUGGUGCCUGAUGUGGAGCCUGAAGCAUUGGAGAUCUGUGAGCCAGCUUCCUUCUCCCAGGAUUCCCUGGUGCCAGAUGCUUGUCUUCCCACAACACCGCAACAAAAGAAAGAAGCCCUUUCAUUCAGCCCACUAGUCUCGUCCAAGAACCGCUGGACUCCUCCGUCUGGCAGUCCUGGUUCAACGACACGGCCCACAGUUGUGCGGCUUCGGACACCCCAGAGGGCCACGCAGUCUCCUCGCAAGAGGCGCUCCCUCUAUGACUUCCGAGCUGAUGAAUUUGUACAGGUCGUCUCUCCGGUCAAAAAGAAACAAGUGCUGACUGAGCAUCAGAAGGAAGUCCGUAAAGAACGGAGGUCCUUGCCAGCCUUGUACAGCAACCUGUCCCAGAGCGGCCUAGACAGCCAGGAUUCCGAGACUCCACAGGAUUCCGAAACUACACAGGAUUCUGAGACUCCACAGGAGUCCGAGACUCCACAGGAGUCCGAGACUCCACAGGAGUCCGAGACUCCACAGGAGUCCGAGACUCCACAGGAGUCCGAGACUCCACAGGAGUCCGAGGAGAAGGACGAUGAGCCUUCCACCAGUGCAGAGAAUCGGGCGGCGCAGUCUGUGCCUGUGAUCGUGCUGGAUUCUGAUAGUGAUGAAAAUGGGCUGCAGUCAGAGGACCCACCGAGCCGUGAAGGGUGCCACACUCCACCACUGCAGGAGAUACAUCUGCCAAACACAGCAAAUGGCGACAUAGUGCCCGAGACCCAACAGGACUCCGCACUCUGGCCAACCUCCGUGGAAACUCCCAAGGGCCAAAAGCCAUGCAAGGUGGGCUCUCCUUCCCAGCCUGUGCCAGCAGGCAGCCCCCGAGUGCAUCGUCCUAAGGCCAGACUCUCCUUCAUCCGACCAUCUGCACCAGACCACGAAACUUGUGAGACAUUGGCAGACACUGAUGUGGUACCCAGUUCACAGUCCACCAUUGACUCGGCUGACGAAGUAGAAACGGCCAACUCAGGUCAGGAUAAGCCACUUGUGGACCACACACUGCAAGAUCCACACCCGGACAGCCCCGUUACAGUCUGGCUGCAAGACAAGGAGAGGGGCCGGCUAGUUGCCAGCCAAGAGAUGCCGAUGUCUCCUGCCAAGAGCAGGCGCCGAAAAUGCAGGUCAUUACCAACACGUGCACAAAAGGGCGCCCUGAAGAAGAAUAAGAAGCAUUCCCGGGGGUCGCUGCUUGCUAACGGGCCUAUCGGGUGGCAGGAUGAAAUUUUGGAAGACGGCAUCGCUCCGCUUGUAGACGACGAUGCAGAAGAACCUACCGACAGCCUGCCAGUGGAGCAGAAGUUACAAGAGUCUGGAGAAGAUGGCAACACAGUUAACAGUCACAUGGAAGAAGUAUGUUCAACACAAGAGUCAGCUGACACUGAAACAUACAGCUGCGAGGAGCAACUGGUGGAUGAAACUGAGCCUGUGACAAAGGACAUCGAAACGUCUCCACACUGCGAGCCUUCAGUGGCAUCCUCGGCACUUGUGAACAGUGAGGCAGGCGAGGAGUGCAUCCUGCGACUGAGCGAAGGCUCCUCUGCAUGUUACAGUGAAAGCACCGAGUGCAGCACCCAGGGAGCCUCAUCUCCGGCAUCACCAGAGUUUGGUACACCUAUUCCAAGCUCUGAAGACAUCAACGAAGUGGAAUUGGCAGUGGACACCGAAGAGCAAAUAGUAGCCCCAGGUUUCACUGAGGUAGAACUUGAGACGAGCGCUCCUGCUGAUGACACGUCCUCAGUUGUCUGCAUGGUGGCUGAGACUGAAGACGAGGCUGGCGCCGCCAUGGAGAGCUCUAAGCCACAGGCGAAUACUGCACCUAAGCCCGAAAGCACGCUAGUGCAAGGAAAGGUCGUCAGAGGAGCGCGCAAGCGCAAGCUCCCUUCACAGACAACAUCCCCAAUCUCCAGCCGCCUUCGGGCCAAGCAAGUGAGGCAAGAACAGGCGCAGCAGGGCUCUCCUCCACCGCCCAAUGCCAAUGGAGGGAAGCCACCACCACGAUGGUCGGGUUCUCCAGCAGCCCUGUCGCGCAGCCGCAUCAUGCUGGAUGCUGCCAUGCGUAGCGUGGGUUCAUCCCCGAGCCACCGCGCAUCCAAUGUGCCCCUUGUGCCAGAACCAGCCGACGGUGUCAGCGCUGGUCCUCUGCCCAGUAUUCUCAAGCGGCGCCCACCUGCUGAAGAAAGCUCCCCACAGGGAUCACCACAAAGGGUCAAGCAGGUGCCAUCUGGCAGGCACGUCUCGUUUGCUGAUCCUCCCGUGCAAGGCGAAUACGAGAUAGGGCCCCGCAAGGCACGCUUCUCCCGAGCCCUAUAUGAGGAGCCCGAGAUGGACGAAGGGGAACUGGCAGACAGUCAGCAGCCGCUGUGGCCUCCUCUCGAAGGCAGCAUGGAGCCUGUGGAUGCCGUCUUGCCUUUUCUCACGAGCUCUCUCUGGCAGCGUAGCCUUGGGCGCAAGUUGCGGCUACAGGGCGUGACCACAGUGGGGGCACUGGCGUCGAUGACUUGUGCACAGGCGCUCCAGCUGCCGGUGCGAGCUCCACGUGUGGCCUCCCUGCGCAAGGCCCUCGAGCAGUGUGCGGCCGCACUUCAGGACAGCUCUCCGAUCAACGAGGCCUCCUCAUCACAGGAUGCUGCUUCAGUGGCACAAAGCAGUAGCGCCUCUCUCGAGUUGCCGGUCCACUCGGAAGAAGUACCAUCAACGAAUAGCAACUCCACCGGUAGCUUGGAAUCAGCAGAGAAUGACGCUGCAUCCACUGAUGAUGUCAACUCGGAGCCAGCAGCAAGUGACGCAACCUGCACUGGUGAUGUGAACUCCGAGCAAGACUCGGACGAUGGGACCGUCAACAUGCCCUGCACGCAGGCACCCACUGCUAAAACCCCACAGGAAGACGACCUGGCCACCAUGAUGGAGGAUGAAGCUGAGACUGCUUGUUCGUCAUCAUCUGAGCCGAAGGAAUCAUUGGCAGCACCCAUAAGUCUGCACGAUGCCACGUCGCAGACAGAUGAGGAUGCACAAACCACUGUCAGCUGUGGGGUGCAAUGCUGCCCACUGCGAACAGAGGGUGCAGUGCAGACAGGCCCGGUGGUGCUGUCCAAGCUUGAGGUGUGCCAGCUUCUCACCCCCGAAUUCUUUGCAACCCUUGAGCGAGCCGAGCUGGGCCGAAUCCUUGGCACUAUCGCCACAGUUGUUGCCCAGGACCUUUUACCACAAGAUUGAGAGAGCACCUUGGCUGUGAUUCAUCCAUCAAAUACUCACAAUACACACAGUCAACGAUGUUGGCAUGACCGAUUCAGCGGCAAGCUUUCUUUCAUUUCCACUGCCGACUUGAAUGAUCAGUAGGUGCAACAUUGACUGCCUCAUUACCUGUCAACCAUUUUAAUUUUGGAAUCAUUACCUGUUGACAUUUGUCAGUAGAGCUUUCUUUUUUAUCGCAUUAAUUUUUAUUUUUCUAUGAGCAUUGGCUGCCAAUGUAAGAGCAACAUCUUUUACAAUUUCAGCUGAAUAGAAGAGCUCAUUACUUCAUGCAGAGCAUUUGUUCAGCUGGCUGCUUGUUUUAUGUGUAACAUAUGCAGAUAUGUUUCCACGUAUGGAUCAGUGCACUGUGAAAAAAGAAAAAUGAAUGGUUGCUUGGAAACAAAUUCCACAGGGAUUCUUCUUGUAGCUGUUCUUUUACAGCUGCUCUUACAUCAUUCAUCAAAUAUCAAGGCAGCCAGCUUGCUUCUGAAGGCGUUUAAUUGUGCUGCAAGUUGAAUUGAUGUUUAAAUCAGCUGCAGUUUUUUUAUGUGAUUAUGCAGUACGGAUCUGCUUACUUAGCGUGUGUGAUGGGAAGUGCUAUGAUAUAGGUGCAGUGGGCACCUUUAUUUCUACUAGAAUAUUUUGUGUGGAUAACACCAUGGUAUUGUUUCUACGAAAGUGAGCCAGAGGGAGCUAGUUUAACGACGUGGCAGACAUUCUUUCUUGACAUCCUGUUACACUGCCAGGUAAUGCAAGCACUCAGUUCAUUUUUUGCUUAGUGGUCAACAUUACUAAGGCCAUGUUUCAGAAUGAUGACUUUUGAAAGGUUACUUCUAUAUGCAUCACGGCCUGUCUCCACGAAACUUGUCUUCAUAAGAUAUGUCAAUGCAGGCCUUGUCGGUUUAAGGGUAAAUGAGAUGAACACAAUGUACAGGAGGACAGGGCGCAAUAAUGUGAAAUCUGCAAUUGUUUGUUGACCACCAUGUUGGUCCCUUGAGUGCACAGGUGUCUGCUUAUUUUAGCGUUAUCACUUGGUGCUUGACCGGUCUGGAAUGGGUACAGUCACAAAUCAUUACUUCCCAUUAUCAAUAUCGGCCAAAAAUCUAUAGUGCCAUUUGUCCAAAAAGAUAUGUUGCUAAGACCAUGGAUUUUCUUGCCUUAUAGAACACAGCAUCACUUCGCUGUUUUGCUCCUACAUUAAGUGUGCCUGUUCAAGGUUUGCAGCCUUUUCUACGAAAAAUGGUCCAACUGCAGAGAUAUAUAUUUUUAUUGCUAGACGAAGCGUUCGUUUUUGUCUUCUUAUAUUUCAGUGCACACUUUAUCCUACUUAGCCUUUCAUGUUGUCUGGCAUGCCUGCACCAAAGAAAAAGGAAGUUAUUUUCCACAAUUUUUUUGGACUGUGCGAUUUCUUUGGUAAGCACACCAGAGUGUUAUGAAGUCUCAUUUGUUUGUCAUGAGAAUGUGCUCGUUCUUCUAGCCCGAGAAAGCAUAGCGGAUUGAAAGUUAUUUUCUAACGCAGCUGAUUCUCAUAACUUAAGUCGCAUUUUGCAUUAGACAUUAUGCAUUCAAUCAUUAUUUCAUGACCAUGACAUAGUCAGCACAGUUACGUGAGUGCAGGCUUUUAUUAUGGAAAAUGGCUUUUUAGUUGAACUUGUAUAUUUUUGAUGUGGCUCCCAAUUUUUGAAGCAGACCAUUACUCCAAUGUUGAAUUUUACAUGCACAAUUGUUUUCCAAAUUAUUUAUAGAUCACUCAUUUUAAUGACUUUAUGAAACUUCUUUUUCUUUUUGCCUUUGGAAUGUGCAAAACUCUGGUGGCUUAUCACAGUAAAGCACAGGUGAGGAAUGAAGUGUAGUUUCUUUUUUAGGAAUGUCAGCCUUAUCGUUAUUUUCUUUAAUAAAGACUAUGUAGCUCUUUUUCUGCCACCUUUGCAACUGUGAUUUCUGUAAAGUCUCUUUGUGAAGUAAUUUCAGUGUCAAAAUGGUCAGGCUCUUGCUGCAUAAACAAGUGCACCAUCUAUUUCGCUGCUAGUAGCACAGUUUAUUUUAUUUAUUGCAUUUAUUAUAUUGUGUCAAUAUAGGCUUCGAUUUUGUGCUCAUAGUGGGCAUUUUACACUUUCUGUAUAUGCAUUCGCUUCUGCAUUGUUUUGUCUGAAGUGCACUAUUUGAAUGAGGUUCAUCGAGACAGUCAUGGUAACAGCCUUGAAAGCUGUUAUAGAUAUUAAAGAAUGGUGUUAGUGAAUGACUUCAGAAAAGAUAUAGUGGUGUGUGCGUCAGUGAGCUGUUAUUGCACUUUCUCCCUUGUAAUAGCAUUGUUACUGGUAAGCUCUCGCAGUUUAUCACUUUAAUUAGAAUUUGAUUACUUGUACAUAUAUGUUCCUUUGCCGUGUGUGUCCCUAAGAUUGAAGUUGUUCUUUUUUGUGAUCAGCCUCACUUUGUACAUUUUAGUCUUGGACUUCAAACAUUGAAAUAAAUCAUUUUAUACAUUUUA